CUAUCUAGCAGAGCAGUUCGAUUUUCCUCAGGAAUUAUGAGUCACUCCAUUGUUAUUAAAUGUGAAUAGUUUAUUUCAAACACUCUAAUGUGUAGUACAAUGGUGUUUUCAAUAGUAACAGUUUAGUUCUCAGUGUAACGUUGUGAGAAAUGGCAGAAGUUAAUACUAAGUAGAACAUUGUGUCUCGAAUAAACAUUUUGAAGAGUUGGCUACCUUUUAAUGUGAAAAAGUGCAAUACAGUUAUCAUGUGGUCCGUUUGGGUCUUGCUGUGGAAGCACAGCCUUAUGAGAAAAAGGAGAUACAUAAGAACCUUUUUCGAUUACUUUUCGCCGUUAUUAUAUUUUGUGCUCAUACACUUAACUACUGGACCUACUAUUUUCGGGAGGCAUGAGAACGUUCAUUACACGGAGCCGUUCAGCUUGCAGGAGUAUCAUCAGCACCGUGUGCGAGUGCUGUUCACACCGGACUCGGACCACACCAACAAACUGAUGGACGAGGUCGGAGUUAAACUUAAACUGAGACGGUUGGACCAUCUGCCAGGAAGCAGAGAGUAUGGCUACUUCCCGUUUUCAAACGCUUCGGCGUUAUCAAUACUCGAAUAUUCCAAGGAUAUGAGCCACCAGGACGCAAUCAUUAUUUUUGAGGACAUGGAGUCAGAAAUGUGGCCGAAUAAACUGAACUACACAAUUCGAAUGAAGAACAAUUUCAGGACCAACCAAUACGAACCUGAGGACCCGUUUGACAUGGGCCAUCAUGAAUAUUUCGGUAUGCAAUACGAGGAGUUCAUGAAACUACAGUGGGCUAUAGACACAAGCUAUCUACGUUUGCUGACCGGAGCCAAUAUAGACCAGUCCCUGGAACUCCAAGAAUUUCCCUUCGCCGCCGCGCACUUCAACACCAACGUUGUGGCAGUCAGUCAGCUGUCGUCAUUCUUACUGCCGUUCGCUCUCACACUUACCUUCGUCUUCCUGACAGGCAGACUCUUUGAGGAGAAAAACAGUGGGAUGCACGAGCUGGUGAAAAUGGUAGGCGUCUCCUGGGAGGAACUAGGCACAUCCCACGUUUUAGACCUAACACCACACUUAUUACUCUACGCGUUGGGCGGCGCUCUAUUCUACAAGAUUGACGACCUCAUACCUGUCACAUGCGGUGUCUAUAUAGCGCUAGCCAUGGCGCUUCACUUCUUUACCGUGGUAGCGCUGGCGUUUGUCACAGUUUACGUAUUUAAUAUGACCCAAUAUCUGGAACUGAUCACCAUGUCAGUAUACACCGCGUUCCUAGUCGCCAGUAUGCUGAGCCAGAAGCUCAAGAGUCGCGCCUUGUCUCUCCUAUGUUGUCUACUACCGCAUGACCCCUUUGUACGGUUUUGGAGGGCGAUCGGCUCGAGAGAAAUGUUUGGUAGCGGUAUAACGAUCACAAACAUGUGGACGCGGAACGCGGCAGAACAGACCGCCGUCGCUGAACUGUACCUGUUCAUGGUGCUGCAGAUAAUCCUGCUGUCUAUGAUCGCCUGGUACCUCUCGAGAGUGCGACCGGGGAAAUACGGACAGGCGCUACCUUGGAACUUCCCGUUUAGUAAAGAUUACUGGUACAUGCAGCCGAAACCGAAAGUAGAGGCGGCACCAGAAGAGUCUCAGUUCGUGUGUGACGCCGACCCGCGGUACUUCGAGAAGGCCCCUGCCGGCCUCCCGGUCGGGAUACAAGUCAACGAUAUUUGCAAGUCGUUCGGCAAGGACCCGGCAUUGAGCGGCGUGAAUUUAACCGUGUACCGCGGAGAAAUCACCGUACUGCUUGGCCACAAUGGCGCUGGCAAGACCACGCUCAUCAACAUCAUCACCGGUCUGAUAUCGGCAUCGUCCGGGAGAGUACUAGUGGAAGGCAAGGACACAGUCAAGCAAGCGAAGGAAGUCCGCAAACUGAUCGGCCUCUGUCCGCAAGAGAACAUUUUCUUCCCGCACCUUACAGUGUUGGAACACGUAAUGUUUUUUGCUAUGCUCAAAGGUCAGUCAUACUCUCAAGCGCACACCUCAGCCACCGACCUGUUCUCCAAACUCCAACUCUCAACCAAGGCCAACUCGUUAACCUGUGCCCUGUCAGGCGGUAUGAAGAGACGGGCACAACUCGCCUGCGCUGUAGCUGGUGGGGCUCAAGUGUUGGUACUAGAUGAGCCUACUAGUGGGCUUGAUGUUGAGACGCGGCGUGAGCUCUGGGACUUAUUACUGAGUCUCCGCGGUGAACGCACGGUACUUCUAACAACACACUUCAUGGAAGAAGCGGACGCGCUCGGCGACCGCAUUGCAGCUCUUCACCACGGCCGAGUACGCUGCCAUGCCACGUCAAUGUUUCUCAAGCGAGCCAUUGGAACCGGCUAUCGUCUCUCCUUCACAACAAUCGGCGGUCCCAGAGAAGCUGCCAUUACUUCGACUAUCACCACCAUCGUACCUGACGCUACCAUCCGUGACCGUCGUCCGAACGGCGUCUCUUACAACCUACCUGCUAAAGAUACUGCGCGCUUUCCGGAACUUUUUGCAUCUCUUGAAGACUCACGAUCAAAGUUGCAGAUUGAUACUAUAGGAGUCGGGAAGAGUACACUCGAUGAAGUGUUUUUAGAGCUGUGCAGCGAUGACAAGCCAGCAUAUACGGAGGAACCAAACAACACCACGACAGAGCCCGUCCAUGGAACAGUGAAGGGGCCAGCAUUGUACGCUCGGCAGUUCGCAGCUCUACUGCUGAGGCAGUGGCAAUACGUCACAUCGAAUCUGCUGUCUUUCGUGGGCAUUAUAGCGUUCGUGACGCUACUCCUCUGGGCGUUCACAUCCGUGGCCAACAACAAUCCUUUUGGAGUGGAUGUGACCGAGAAACCGGACGCCAGCGUGCCAAUGAGCCUGGACCUUUAUUCGGCUAGGGAACAGCGCCGUGUACUGGUUAACGUAGACAAGAAUACUCUCAACACGCUGCAGAAGGGCUAUAAGGGAGUGCAUUUCGAGGAAGUCCCGGAUGUCGUUGAUGCCAUAAUUCGGAUCGGAAAAGCGGAUAUUGCCGAGUAUAAUAAAUAUCUUGUGGGGAUCGAGAUCAAUGACACAGGUAUUAAGGCUCUCUACACAACCACAGUCCGUCACGCCGCGCCCGUCGCUCUCAACCUACUGACCAACGCGCUCAGCACUCGACUAUUAACAGGAGAAAAUGUACACACCAUUACUACUAGAAAUCAUCCCUUGCGGGGCGCCUUCGUGCCUUUUCAAGAGAAGAUUAAACUACCGAAGCAAAAUGAACAAAAGUUUAUAUGGACCUGCAAUGUUGCUAUGGUGGUCCUCUUCUACCUGUGCACAUUCUCGAAGCUUCCCUGCUCUGAGCGUCUGACAGGCGCGCGUCAUUCUCACGUCAUGGCGGGUGCACCGCGCUCGCUACAUUGGACGGCUACGUUAAUAGCACAACUGCUGCAGGCUUUGAUCGCGUGUGUGCUGCCUGUGUGUAUACUGGCAGCCGCUGUUGAUAAAGACAGCACUUUUGACCAGCCAGGGUUUAUAUGGGCGCUGUUCGUGCUUCUGGUACUGGGUAUUCUAGCAUUCUUGGGUCUGGCGUACCUGGCCAGCACGCUGCUCAGCUACACGGCCGCCUCUACCGUCCUCGUCAUCAUCGCUUUUCUAUUCAGUCAAAUAACCCCCAACAUCCCUGAGUCUUCAAGCUUCUGGUACAAACUCCUCACCAUUCCCUACGCGGUGCUAGCGCCGCACACAUUCACAGCGGGCCUGGUGAAAAUAGCCUCUGCCGCGCAAACCAAUGCGUACUGCAACUUGAAUAGGGACCGCUGCCCGGCGUUGGUCGGCCCUGACGACUUUGACGGGUCUAUAUGUUGUAAUUCGUCUCCCGGCUCGGAGCCGUGGAGCUACUUCGCGAUGAAAGACGCCGCUGGCUGGCCGAUGCUCAUACUGGCCUUGCAAGCUGUCGCGUAUUUUGUACUGACGCUUCUCUCGGACAGCGGUUUUCUGGAGCGCGUAUACGCGCGGAUAGUAGCGCGGGGCGUGCGACCUCCGCGCCGCUUCGGAGACCCCAUGGCGCGCGCUGAGACAGCUUAUGUGGAAAAAGCUAUACAACUACCUAAACAGCAAAUCACGGACUCAAUCCUGUGCCACAACGUACAGAAGUUGUACCCGGGGUGCUGCAAACGGAAACCUUUCUUCGCUGUCAAGGGCGUUAGUUUCUCCGUUAAGAAAGGUGAAUGUUUCGGCCUACUAGGAGUGAACGGCGCGGGCAAAACGACGACGUUCAGAAUGCUGACGGGUCUCACUUGCCCAACGGGGGGAGAUAUUUUCGCCAACGGACACUAUGCGAACGAUAGAAAUGCGUACAUGCGUACGUUCAGCUACUGCCCUCAGUUCGGCGGGCUGGACGACUUCCUGACGGGCCGCCAGAACCUCGCCCUGCUGCUCACCUUGCGAGGCUUACACGCCGAGGAUGUGGCCACCGUCUCCAACUCAUGGAUUGAGGAAGUCGACCUAACGCGUCACGCGGACAAGCGUCUGUCCUCAUACAGCGGCGGUUGCGCUCGACGCUUAGCGGCCGCGGCAGCGUUAUGCCAGGCCGUCCGCACUGCCUUACUGGAUGAACCUACUGCUGGAGUGGACCCAUUGGCUAGACGAAAAAUGCACCAAGCCCUGCUUAGAGCCAGGAGACACCACGAGUUGAUUAUCGCGUCGCACAGCCUGGAUGAAAUGGAAGCCCUCUGCCACCGCAUAGCCAUCAUGUCAGGUGGAGAAUUGCGCGCGCUAGGCUCGGCCGCUGCGCUUAAAGCCGAACACGCUCAAGGUUACUCCGUCGUAUUCAAACUGAGCCACGCACAAGACGUGACGGAUGGUGCGUCAAAACUCGAUGAAUUUAAGGGCGAAUUAAACACACGUUUCUCAUGCGAGCUGCAGGAUCAGCACCAGAGCAUGCUGAGCUACCACGUGAAAGACUCGCUGCGCUACAGCGAGCUGUUCUCGCAACUCGAGAAUCUUCGAGAACAGUUCCCUUCUAUAGUAGAAGAUUACACCGUCACAGAAACUACGCUUGAAGAAGUAUUCUUAGCUCUGGCCAAAGAGGCGCGUGCUGAGAGCGUAUAGAUAGCUACAAAUAUGUUUAAGGUUAGAGUUUUGCCUUAACUUAUAAAUAUGUAUAAGGUAUUUGCUACGAUUAUUGUAAAGGUGCUUAGCAUAGCAAACAGUUCAACAAAAGCAUUGCAGAUGAAGUUCCGCUUUGCAGUAUAAAGUCAGAAAAGUUUUGGGAUAUAGGAUAAAUAGUAAUGAAGCCCCGCGUUGCGGCAUAUUAAGUAGAACCCUCCGAAAAGUGUUUAGCCAAAGAAGCGCGUGAUGUGAUCGUAGCUCUAAGGUUAGACUUUUGCUAUGAUUUGCAGGUCCUAUGUAUACUGAAAAGUUGAAGUAUUGCCUAUUAAGCCCCGCUUUGCGGGAUCCUAGGUAUAAUGCUCCAAAGAGUUUUAAAUAGAAUGGAGUUAAGUAUUAUUUAUAACGUUUUACUACCACCUAAAUGUUAAAAAUCUUUAAGUCUCAGAAUAUGUAACCACCAACUUGCACCAACGAAAAUGGAGGGUUAACCCGAGGAUUAAUAACCCACCAUUUUAUAUGGAAUUUGAGAGAUGACAGCCCACUAACCCUGAGUUAAAUGGUUGG